GUGCUGAAGAGAUUAGCCAGCUUGGUUUAUGGGGAAACUACACCAUUCCAAAGGAUAAUCCUUAUAUUGAAGAUAAAGAAUUGCAGCCAGAAAUAUGGGCACUAGGAAUGCGAAAUCCUUGGCGCUGCAGCUUUGAUUCUGCAAGGCCAUCUUACUUCAUGUGUGCAGAUGUAGGCCAGGAUCACUAUGAAGAGGUGGAUAUAAUCACCAAGGGAGGAAACUAUGGCUGGAAUAUGUACGAGGGUGCCCAUCCAUUCGCUCCUCCAAAAUCACCUGGAAAAAAUAUAUCUACGAGCUCAAUAAACCCAAUUUUCCCAGUCAUGGCUUAUAAUCACUCUGAAGUAAAUAAGAAUGAAGGGUCAGCCUCAAUCACUGGUGGAUACUUCUAUAGGUCCAUGAGCGAUCCUUGCAUGUCCGGAAGGUAUCUGUUUGCGGAUUUAUAUGCAGGUGCAAUGUGGGCAGGCACUGAAAUCCCUGAGAAUAGUGGAAUAUUUAACACAACCAAAAUUGCAUUCACUUGUGCUGGGAAUUCUCCGAUAAAUUGUGCCUUGGUUCCAGGAAGUUCAGUUCCAGCUCUGGGCUACAUUUUCUCAUAUGGUGAGGAUAACAAUAAGGAUAUAUACCUCCUAGCAAGCAGUGGUGUAUACAGGGUUGUUCGUCCUAGUCGUUGCAAAUACACUUGUGCUAAGGAAAAUGCCACUGACUUUGGCACCCCAGCUCCUGCUACUUCCCCUCCUUCAGCAGCAGUUAUGUUAACAGGUUCAUACAAGAAGUUAGUACUCCUCAUGUUGUCUUUUUGGUUUAUGGUGGUCAGUAGUUGAUUCCAGGAUACUGUUUUAGCUAUUCAUGUAUAGAAGAACUCAAUAGGCUACUUAAGUAUUACUAUACAAUUAUGCUCUUUUUGCUUUCUUUCA